CAUUUAUUCAUCACCCCUGCCCUCUCAUACGUAUCUCAAUUUUACUACCAGCAACACAAAAUACAAGGAUGUGUCCAGUUUCACUAUUGCUCUCCUCAUUUACAAGUGUUGAGCGCUUGCAUUUGGAACGCCCUCCUGAUUGGUUGAGCCAAUGUCAGUGACAUCAACCAACUUACUUUUGAUUGGAAGGCUGGUUGCUGGGACUGUAGCGUUUGCAGGAAGUCACUUAACUGUUUGCGAGCUGGAAAACCGAACGUGAAGUUCUCUUUUGUCAUAAGAACAAGCUCAACCGACAAGGGAAGGUGUGUCCCACAGCUCCGCGAGCUGGAACGUGAGCCAGGAGGGCUGGACCGGCUACCGGACCGAGAGGCACGCCCGAGAAUGAGCGGCUGCUCCUUUCCAGCCUCCCGGCUGUUACCCUUUUAAAUGUCAGCAUUCGAGGCUAGAGGGGAAGCACGAGGCACCGAAACGGAACAGUCGGAUUGGCCGCACGCUUCAGUUCUAGACGCACCUCUCCCCCGAAAGGCCGUUCUGACUGGCAGGGGGAGAAAGUAAACAGAGUUGAAUCACCCUCCCCACUGGCCAAUUGGAGGGGGUUUGGAUUGUGACGUGAUGGGAUUCUGCGAAAUUGUUACUGAGCAAGAGAAUGCCGGAACGGUGCGGACCGGCAAGAGCUGGGGCUCAGAAGCCGUCUACGGACUGGGGGAAAAGUGCCGCUUAGACCUGGCGCUUGGUCCGGCCCUUGCCACCCGCGUCGCGGUGGUCGGGUGAACGUCCUGGGGCUUUGGCUAGACUGAGAGGCGGCCGGGGGCGUGUACCUCCCCUGCAGUUUCCUCUCCCAGCGCCUCGGGGGCGUUUUCAGUCGAAUAAACUUGCGACAGCCACGUGUGGCACCUAUCCAAGGGAGCGGGCUUGGAGCGGCCGGCGCGCCCGUCGGGGGGAUUGCGCCCGGCGCGGGGCACGGGCGGCGGAGAGCGGCGGCAGCCUGGCGGAGCCCUGGGCCGUGGAUGCUGCGUGCGGAGGCGCUGCCGGUUACGUAAAGAUGAGGGGCUGAGGUCGCCUCGGUGCUCCCGCGAGUCGCAAGCGCCCCGCGCCCCCGCCCCCUUGGCUGCCGCGCGGCUCCGCGAUCGUUGUCCGAGGCCAAGGCAGGGCGAGCCGAACCUCCGCAACCACCGCCAAGUUUGGCCGCGCCGCCGGGACUGCUGUCGCCGGCACCAUGUCCGCGGCCGCCUACAUGGACUUCGUGGCCGCCCAGUGUCUGGUUUCCAUUUCGAACCGCGCUGCGGUGCCGGAGCAUGGAGGCGCUCCGGACGCCGAUCGGCUGCGACUACCUGAGCGUGAGGUGACCAAGGAGCACGGUGACCCGGGGGACACCUGGAAGGAUUACUGCACGCUGGUCACCAUCGCCAAGAGCUUGUUGGACCUGAACAAGUACCGACCCAUCCAGACCCCCUCGGUGUGCAGCGACAGUCUGGAGAGUCCAGAUGAGGAUAUGGGAUCCGACAGCGACGUGACCACCGAAUCUGGGUCGAGUCCUUCGCACAGCCCGGAGGAGAGACAGGAUCCUGGCAGUGCGCCCAGCCCGCUCUCCCUCCUCCACCCUGGAGUGGCUGCGAAGGGGAAACACGCCUCUGAAAAGAGGCACAAGUGCCCCUACAGUGGCUGUGGGAAAGUCUAUGGAAAAUCCUCCCAUCUCAAAGCCCAUUACAGAGUGCAUACAGGCGAGCGGCCCUUUCCCUGCACGUGGCCAGACUGCCUUAAAAAGUUCUCCCGCUCAGACGAAUUGACCCGCCACUACCGGACCCACACGGGGGAGAAGCAGUUCCGCUGCCCGCUGUGCGAGAAGCGCUUCAUGAGGAGCGACCACCUGACCAAGCACGCCCGGCGGCACACCGAGUUCCACCCCAGCAUGAUCAAGAGGUCCAAAAAGGCGCUGGCCGGCCCUCUGUGAGGCGCCGCGCGGCCGCGGGCAGGGGCGGCCCCGGGACAGACGCCCUCCCGGCAGGCGGACAGACGGACGCGCGGAGCCCAGCCCCGGGGGGUGCGCGGCCGGCCCAGCAAGGCGCUGUCCUCAUUUUGGUCAAUAUUCUGGUUUUCCUCUUCCUAAGUUGUUUCUAAAAAGCACACUGUAGCCUAAGAUCAGAGUCGACCCUUGGUCCCCUUGCGGAGGUGACUCUGAGCCGUCGCGGCCGGUUGGAGGGAAGGCAGAUGCUUUGUUUUUUCUCCUUUAUUUUUUUUUUGGGGGGGGGAGGUGAUGGGUGGGGGGGAGGGGUGCGGCCAAGGCUGGGGUAGAAUUUUAAGGAUUCAACACUGGUGUACAUAUGUCUGACUGGGUGAGUUGACCUGUGGCGCCACACAGUGAUUCUGGGCCCUUUCUGCUUGCUGUCUCCGAAUUGUUUUCUUUCCCUUUAAUGUAAUGACGAGUGUGCUUCGGUUUCUUAGCAAAACCACUCUCCUGAACCGCUUUAACUUUGGAGAUAAAAAUCGCCAUAGCACAGCUGUCGUUACGCGAGCAAGAGCACAUCUACUCCAGCAUGAUCUGUCAUCUAAAGACUUGCAAACAAAAACGUUACUUGUAGUCAAUGAGUAAGCAGUCUGAAUUUAUACUAAUCGAGACAAACCUUUAAAAGGUUACACUAAGGACAGACUUUUAAACCUUGCUUUGUAUGAAUUGUACUUUUUGAACAUAAGCUGCACUUUUAUUUUCUAAUGCAAAGGAUGAAUAAGUUGAAUACAUGCUUUAAGGAUAGAAGCAAACAUUCUGUUUGGAACCACGUUAUAAUCUGCUUAUUUUACAGUAUACACGGUUUCCCUAUGAAAUCAUGACAGAGAUGAGAGAUGUGAGGGCAGAAUAUAUACAGCAGGUGCUGAAGGAGAAGGAGGGUAGUAUUUUCUUUUUUUAAGUUAAGAAGAACAAACAGAAUUUUAACUCUAUUAACUUUUCCAGAUUUUCCAAUCCUUUUAGUUAACAUCAUCUUAUUGUACCAUAAUGCCACAGAACAAGAGGGCUUUGAGUCUGUUGGGUUUUAUUUGAAUGGGUGCAUGGCGGUAACUAGCUCUGGAAAACACCUGUUUUCUUGGGGGAAAAGGUUUGUUGGUCUCCUUUCUGUGUUCCUACAAAACUCCCCUAAUAGGUACAAGAGUCAUGUAAAAGGAAAAGGGAGCUGAAAUGUGAAAAGAAAAAUGUAGCCGCGUGAGCAGCGAGUGCCAAGGGGAAAUCCCACGAUGAUAUCAGAGGAGCCUACAAAUCACCCCUUUUGGAGAACGAAGGCACAUGGAAUAUGUACGAAUGAAAACACAUCACUGUACCUUUUACAUCAGAAGCCUCACCACUAUAUGUCUUGUAUCCAGGUGUCUACAAUGGCCUAAACCACUACAUCAUAAUACGACAUUUACGCGAAAACUUAAUUUGGGCCUUUACGUGGUCAGAAAAAAACGAACUGAGUUUUCACAGUUAAGAAGAAACCUCAAGUAGGGGAGUCAGCAGUGAUUGUGGGGGAAAUGUUUACAUUUAUUUUUCUUCAGAAAUCCCACUUUCUGACAAUUUUAUCUGAUAUUUAAAACAGGGAGCUAUGGUGCACUCUAGUUUGUACCUGUGCUAUCAAAUUUGCUGUGAGGGUGCCCACCUCUCUGUGAACUCAUUAUGUCACCUGACACAUGCUCCUUUCCAGUUCAGAACCAGUGUGGGCUCCUGCAGCAGGCGUGGGUCACAGCUGACUCCGACUUCCAACACUACAGCCAUGACUAACCCAGUGGUGGUUUUUUUUUCUUCUUUUUUUUGCUUGUUUAACCAAUGUAAUUGUAAUUGUAUUGUAGUUCUAUAAAGAGAACUGCUUUUAACAUUAGGGACUGAGGGCAGUCCAUUGGGAUAAAAAGGAAAGUGUUUUCUCACGGGAAAACAUGUCAGGAAAAAUAAAACACUUUCUACCUCUGUUUCAGAUUUUUGAAACGCUUAUUUUAAACCAAAUUUUAAUUUCUGUGUCCAAAAUCCGUUUCAAGGACAUCUGUUCUUCCAUACAAAAUAGGUUAGGCUGCCUAUUUCUUACUGAACUCAUGGAAUGGUUCUGCUAGUGAUCCUGCACGCUGCCUCUUAGUGAGUGAGAAGUUUGGGGUUGCCUGGCAACCACUGACUUGGACAAACUAAUCUUUCCCUCACAGAAAGAAAUGAAGGAAAACCAGGCAUAGUCAGUGAAAGACAAUCUUUGUCAUUUCAGGAGUAAAUCUAUAUGUGGCUUUUGUCCAGCACUUAGAUGGAUAUAAAUGCAGCAACUUGUUUUAAAAAAAAAAUGCAGAAUUUAAAUCCCAAAAAAAGUUGCUACUUGCCUUUUCAAGUUGUUGAAGAACACACAUUUGAUAUUCUCUUCUAUGUUAUAGGAACGUAUAAACUCAAGGCUUUUUAUUCUUUGUGAUAAAUCCUGUUUUAAAAUGUCACAAAACAGGAACCAGCAUUCUAAUUAGAUUUACUACGUCAAGAUACAGUUCAAAUAGGACUACUAGAGUUCAUUGAACACUAAAACUAUGACUCAAUUACUUUUUAUAUUAAAAAGACCAUGGAUUUAACUUCUACAAAUCCAAAUGCAGGAUAGUAAUUUUUGUUUACUUUUUUAACCAAACUGAAUUUUUUGAAAGACUAUUGCAGGUGUUUAACAAGGAAGAAAAGUUGUUUUAUCUAAUACUGUAAGUAGUUGUCAUAUUCUGGGAAAAUUUAAUUGUUUUAGAGUUAAAUGACUCCUCUCCUUGGUUAGGAAAGAAGACAGCCCUUCACCACUGUGGAAUGAUGCCCCGGCUUUACAAUCUAGCUCUACAUCAUGCUUCUUUUGAGAAUUAUAUUUGGUAGUCAUAAUUACAGAAAUUGAUUAGUUGUCAGUUUGCAGGUAGAUUUAGCACAGUACUCAUCACUCUGGAUAGAUAGAGAUGUUCUUUCACAACAGAUGAAUGAUCUGUAACACUGUAAGAUACUGAUCUUUACAACUGUUUAAUCAGUUUUAUUUUUGUACAGUAUUAGUGACCUAAGUUAUUUUGCUGUCCCGUUUUUGUAAAUCAAAUGAAAUUAUAAAAGAGGAUUCCGACAGUAGGUAUUUUGUACAUAUGUAUAUAUGUUGUCCAAAUAAAAAUAAUAAAUGAUAAAGA